AUGAAGUUACGAACAAUUGAUCAAUUCAGUCGGACGGAUUUCAAUGUGGAACGAUUCCUAAAUUUGGCUCGACGACGAGCUAGUCUGCAGCAAAUUCAUAACGAUUUACGAGUUUAUCUGAAAAUUGUGCAAAAUUCGAUGAUCGAACUCAUCAAUGAUGAUUAUGCUGACUUUGUGAAUUUGUCAUCGAAUCUUGUAGGUUUGAGGGAAACAGUCGAUAAACUGACUAAGGAUAUCGAGAUAAUAUGGCAUGAUUUCUGUAGCAGCACACAAAGUGUAAAGCAUUCUGCUGAAUUCGUUGAACAGAAAACUACGGAACUCAUUGCAUGUCGAAAAGCACAAUGUGAAAUUCGUGGGCAGAUUUACCUAAUAAAAUCUAUCGAACGCUUAGCUGAUAAAAUUGCCAGCUGUCCAAAAGAGAUAGAACAGUUUUGGUUACAAAGUUUUGCUGAUGCAGUCGUUGAUGUGGUUCUGUGGUUUGGCAAGGUGAAUGUCAUCGAUAAUAGGGUAGCGACUGCUUAUGCUGUAUGUUUGACUCAUGUUCGUAAACUGACGGAGUAUUGGCUUGUACAAGAUCUCAAAGGUGAUUGUCGCUUCAUCGAACAAGUUCUUGGUAUAAUUACGCUGAAUAAGAGUACCGAUUCAGCUGUUUCAUGUGUAAUGACAGAAAUAAUUGCUCAAUGCAUUGGAGAACCAAGAAGCAACUUGGGAGAUUUUCUGGAUGAAAUAUAUGCAACCAUUCGGAAGCUUAGAGAAGAUUGGUUGCAAAAAGUUGAAAAUGGUGGCAUGUCUUCCGCAAAUACUUCACCAUUUCUGGACAAAUGCCUCCUUACUUUUAUCGUUUCAUUCCUCGAUCAGUACUUUGGCUCCAUUGUUGUUCCAAGCGAUAAUCGUCUUUUCCAUCGGUGCUACAAGACAACCUGUGAUUUCAUCGGUAACUGGCCUGAUGCCGCCAAGUCACAUACUAUUCUACGAAUGAUACAAAGGAUUUGGUCUGACGAAGUUUACCUCCCAACUUUAAUUGACAAAUUUUGGGAUUUUACGCUUAAAGUCCUCAUCAAAUAUUUGGAAUGGAUCGAAGGAAUCAAGAGUCAUUAUUGGACUAACAAAAAGGGACCUAAAGAUUUUGAAAUUUGGCGUGCGUUUUGUGCUCUGUGUGCUGAUUGUGUGACUGUUGAUAGUCGAACUUUUGGAAUCGCAUUGUCAUCAAUUUGGCCGAAAAUUCGGGAACAUGAGCUGGAUGUGACAAUGUUUGGGCAAUGUUUAUCGAUUUUUUCAACUGAGAUAGGUGAAAAGACGCAAGAAUUAAAAAAAUUCAUCGUUGAAGAUGCCGUUACAUCGUUGACAAAGAUUUUAGAUGGUGUUUGCGGGAUUCCUCGCCAGUAUCGCUGGACGAAAAAGCCUCCACCAACCGAAAUAUCGCCCUAUGUUAGUGAAACAACGACUGCACUCAAAUUAUUCAAGGAUGAAAUGAAUCGUUGUUGUUGGAAUGAAGAAAACAUUACGUCUGUGUACAAACAAAUAUUUGCGGAGUUACUAGAGAUAUUUUGCGCGAAGGUAAAAGAGGUUCUCAAAUCUGUUGAGCAAACAGAGACAAGUUUGCAACGUUUUAAGCGAAAGUCAUUGGCAAUAAAUGAGAAUAAUGCCGAUUCCGAUGAAAAUAAAAUAAGGCGGCAACUGUUGUUAGAUUUGGACUAUUUCAAAACAUUAGCGUCAUCAUAUCACAUUGAAAUAUCAGAUAUAGAGGCAUUGAUGUUGCGAACAAAUUCUCCAGCAGAAAUUAUCCAAAUCCCCCAGCUUGAUUCAGUCACUCCAUAG